UUCGUUAGUCGACCCGCUUCGAGGGAAGUCGAUUCAUCGCGCAUCUUGUCUUUGUCGAGAGAGGUGCGUUUUUAUUCUCACCCUGUGGCAUCUUCUUCAAAUGUGGUACUUUCUUCAAAUGCCCGGCAAAUCGAAGAGGUAGUCAUGUCAUGAGGCCAUUGAAAACAACGAGUUUGCCAGCAAAGGACGCGAUAUGAAUUCGAUGGACACUGAAUCUAAUCGCAAGCCGCUUGAAGAAUCACCGUACAACAUAUACAUAUUUAAAAAGGAGCCGUCGCGCCAUACGCAGGUGCUAUAUCCUUAUCUAUAAGGGCUAUCUUACCACCACGUCGUUUCUCACAAGAACCAAACAAAUUAAAAGCAAUCAUCAAAGCAGGAUCAGAAACGGAAGUAGAAACGUGGAAGACAACGUUACUCUCACGGUAACAGAGAAGUGUAAAGUACUUUCUGUCUGAAAGUAAUUUAAAGAAAUUGAACGAAAUAAUUCAGGCCCGUGUUCGGCAAAUAGUGAUAUGGCCACGAUGGCUGGAAGUGAAUACACAUCCGUAAAGGACUUUUACAGAGAUAGGUCGAUUUUCAUAACUGGAGCAACAGGUUUCAUGGGCAAGGUUCUCGUCGAGAAGCUACUGAGAUCGUGUCCGGAUAUCAAAAAUAUCUAUCUUCUAAUGAGACCUAAAAAGGGCCAAAAUGUGCAAGAGAGGUUACAAGAACUUUUAAACGGACCGCUUUUUGAAAAAUUACGGCGGGAUUCUCCUGGCGAACUUUCUAAAAUCAUACCCGUAGCUGGCGAUAUUACGGAGCCAGAAUUGGGCAUUUCAGCAGAUGAUCAAAAUAUGUUAAUACGAUCCGUAUCGAUCGUUUUUCAUUCAGCAGCUACCGUCAAAUUUGACGAAGCUUUGAAGCUCUCGGUUACCAUAAAUAUGUUGGGCACCAAAAGAUUGGUUCAAUUAUGCAACCGCAUGCAUAAUGUGGAGGCAUUCAUUCAUGUAUCAACGGCAUACUGCAAUUGCGAUCGGAACGAUGUUGCCGAAGAGAUUUAUCCGGUGGGACGGGAACCCGAUCAGGUGAUCGCUCUGACAGAGUGGAUGGACGACAAAAUGUUUGAAGAAUUUACACCGAAUCUGAUCGCCAGCCGACCAAAUACAUACACAUUUACCAAAGCAUUGGCCGAGCGAAUGCUCCAGCGGGAAAAAGGUUCUUUACCGGUGGCGAUUGUCAGGCCAUCGAUCGUACUGUCGUCGUACAGAGAACCAGUUGCCGGUUGGGUGGACAAUUGCAACGGCCCCACAGGGAUUAUCGCCGCCGCUGGGAAAGGUUUCUUCAGAACUAUGCUGUGUCACGAGGAUAAGGUGGCGGAUCUGGUGCCCGUCGACAUUGUGAUCAACCUAAUGAUUUGCGCGGCAUGGAGGACCGCUACGCAGCGUACCGACACCAUUCCAAUUUAUAACUGUUGCACCGGUCAACAAAAUCCUAUAACCUGGAAACAGUUCGUCGACCUGUCAUUCAAAUAUUGUCGGCUACACCCGGUGAACGAUGCGCUCUGGUAUCCGGACGGUCGCUGUCACAGCUCCAUGAUAAUAAACAAAUUGUGCGUGAUAUUUCAGCAUACGCUACCUGCGUAUAUCUUAGAUAUUCUCGCUCGACUCAAGGGUUCGCGACCUAUAAUGGUCCGCGUACAGACGAAACUUUCCAAAGCCGCCAAGUGUUUGGAAUACUUCAGUACGAAACAGUGGAAUUUUAGAGACGACAACGUACGACGACUGGGUGAACAACUCAGUCCGGAAGAUCGGGAAACAUUCAUGUUUGACGUCAGAGAAAUUUACUGGCCAUCGUACUUGGAGCAUUACAUUCUGGGUAUACGACAGUUUAUCUUAAAAGAGAGUCCAGACACACUGCCAGCUGCUCGUUCAUACAUCACAAAACUGUAUUGGCUUCACAAAGCCGUGCAACUCGGGAUACUAGUAAUAAUGCUACGAGUCCUGUUGUUACGCAAGUCUGCAGCGCGAGGAGUCUUCUUUUCGCUGUUGUCCAUCGUACUUCGCAUGUGCCGCUUGAUUGUUUGACGGCUCAGAACGAGCCCGAUCGAUGAUCGCGAUCAGCGUAAAACAAAGCUGUUAACCAGCGGCCGUUAUUUAAAGGUGCGAUUUGUUCUUCAACCUCGUUGCUCAGCUUCCUCGACGAUAAAGCGCUACCUACACAUCCAUCGAUUGGCCUUUUCGAUGUUGAUAACCGUCGACAAGUAACAACGCCGGUUACAGAUACUUGAUUCUCGAAAGAGAUCGGUUAUGAUUCGAUUGGACAAGUAUCCAGCUGAUGAAACUGUUUCUCCCACGAGUAUAUAAGUACGCUCCAAACACUUUGCAUAUAUUAUAAUAAUUAUUAUUACAUUACCGAUGUUAUUUCUUGUUGCCCCAAUGCGAACCGUCGCGUCAUGAAAAUUGAUGGUUGUCGAGUUCCGUAUAAUGACGUAAUCGUCAUUGCGAGGUUCCAUUACACUAGAAUAAAAAUAAACGCGCAUCACCAUGAUUAUUUCGUUAGCGUCAUCGUACAUCAAUAUACUUUGCACAAUGUCAAUUUCUAAUAAACAAAAGGAGCCAAGUUAUAUCGGCACACACACUCGAUCGUUGUUAACGAUGCAAGCUCGUUUUUAGUCGAGCUGAUCGAUUUUCAGUAUGGUAAAAUGGCUCGCGAGUAACCACCAUUCUCAUAACACACGGCGCCAAGAAUCCGUCGUGUUUUUAUAUAGUCGGUAUUUGACAUUCUCUUUCCUUUUUACUCUGUGACAUAAGAUACCUAGAUAGAUAUUUUGCUACGACCGCACGAUGACUCGCGAUCACGCGUAUAGAGACGAGAAAAUUGCUAUCGACUUCGAAAUAAACACAUGCAAGAAAUUUGAUUACGUAGAAACGACACCGUAUAAUAGAGAUGUUAGACCAAAUAUAAGUACAUACAACCGCUGCGACAACAAAUGUAUAACUUUUUUUUAAACUGCCACUGAUAUGCUAAAUUCUUUUAACUGUUUUAAACAUAUCUUGAUCAGAACAAUGAGAGGUCAACAUUAUUACGAAGACUUGUUUUAAAAAAAUCUGCGCUACAAUUACAGUCUAUUUUAAUGAAAUAUCUCUAUGUAUCUUACACAUAUUGUCACAGAAUCAACAUUUGACAAAUUUUGAAGGCAUUGGCAAUUUAAUGAACUAUCUAAAGUUAUCAAUCUAAUAUGCGAUAUAAAAAUGUAAGCAUUGAAAUGUAAAUUAGAGUUACUGAAAAUUUAUGUAGAAAUAUAUGUAUAAAAAUUUAUAGAUAAAUUGUCAAUUGAUGACGAUAAAACAUCAAUUUUAAGUUUCAUCCGAUAUAUAUUUACAAUACAUCUUGAAAAUAAUAUAUGAAAUAGUGAGCAAGAUAUUAGCAGUAUAUCAAGUAUACACUUUAUCAAAUACAUUCAAACGGAACAUCACAGCAGAUUGACUGCAUUCGAAUCAGUUCGCUUUUCGCUAACUUCGCUAUAAUCUUGAAAGCUAAUAGACUGUGGCAUGAUGCAAGUAGACUACUUGGAAGUAAUCUACCAGAUUAUUAAAAAUCGCUAAUGAAAUGGAAUGUAUUAUUUGAUUGGUCAAGGAGUAAUAUAUUCUUUUUGGCUUCUGCGAUCAAUCUGUCACCAUAUUGUCAUACAACGACAAAACUUAUAGCAGUAAUUUUGCAUAAUGCACUUUUGACAAUUUGAUUGUCUGAAUAUUUUUGGAAGAUCGUUUCAUGUCUAAAAAUAUGAUUAAUUCUCUAGACAGUUGUACUUUUGAACUGAUAAUUCAUCAUUGCCCAUGCCUUUGAGAUGACGGUGAUAUACUAAUGCCUUGUUUUAUUUAUUCAAUUAGCUUAUCAAUCACUCCUUUAAACUGAUUUAUAAAAUCAGAGCGAGCUUCCCCCUUUCUGUUUUAAAAUCAAUGCUGUCGUGCUUCGAGAAUAAGAGAUAACUUGAAAAUAAUAAACAUAAAUGUAACGGAAUAUCCGUAUUAAUUAACAACAUAAAAAAUGACAAAUAAUCUUAAUUUUGCGCCAAGGAGUAAAAGAGGGGUAGUGCUAUGAAGGUCUCCUUCUACUAGUCUCAUCUGUAUUGUUAUUCGGUUACACAGUGCAUACAAAAAAUAAUAUUUAAUAUGUAUAAUUAAUUUAAUUAAUAUUAUAUAAUUACUAUGCUA